AUGGCUAUCUGCGGAGAAUUCAAUAGAUUAACUUUCUGCAAACAUGGUGAUGAUGGAUGGACAUCUGUCUCCUCAACGUUGAAAUGCUUCUCGGAUAUUUUGUUCUAUGAGGGAAAAUUCUAUGCUGUAACUUUCAUUGGUAAGCUUGUCGUUUGUGAUGCUGAUUGCUUGCCAACUGUUGUAGAUAUCCAGGUAAAGCAGCCAAAACUUACUCCUAGUUUUAGGUUAUACCAUGUUGAGACUGCUGGAGGGUUAGUGCUAGUGGAAAGGUGUUAUAAGGGAAGAGGUCUUGAUCUUCUGGAUUACGGAGAGAUAAUAGGGAUAAACAUCACUUUUGGGGCGGUACAGGUGGUUUUGACAUGGAAGACGGAAGUACCAAGCAAUUGCCAGGUUAUACAGGAGAAUCAAUACUGGUUUCGCCUCCCCCAGCCUGGGUGGUGCCCAAUUCUCAGAAAGGUCUACAUUGCCAAUGCUUCCACCUGCUGGAGUUCUAAACUCAUAGUUAUUCUGACAGCAGCUCUGCCUACCAUGCCACUGCCACAAAGAGUUUAUCAUGCUGAAUUGCUGAUCUGGUGGCUUCUAAACACUUUUUUCGGAAUGCUAUUCUAUUCGACUGCAAAUAGUGAUUAUGGACCGUCCAAUGAUGCCAUCAUAUGGAAGACUAACUAUCCCCUUGAGAGUGCUUUGAAAGGUGGCAAGACCUCUGGAGAGGCUACAACUCCUGAAUCAAGGAGGAAGGCCUUAUCUUCAGCAUCCAACACUAACUGUGUUCUGCUACCAAAACUGCACUAA